UCACACAAUGUUCUCACGUUUGAGUCCAAUGGGAUUGAACACCAAGAACCUGUUUUCCUCUUUCACAUCAGCGUCAUCAUGGUUCGAGUUAUACGCAGCAUUCUCCACAUUCAUGAUGCUUUUCAGAACAGCGAUCAAUGAUCUCGUACCAGAUCAAAUUCGGUCCUUCAUUGCCUCAAAGCUAGAGGCCUUCUUCAAUGCCCAACCAAAUAAUCAAGUAUCUCUCAAAAUUAACCAACUUUGGGAUGGAAAUUUGGGAAACCGCAAUGAACUUUUCGAUGCUGCUCAGGAGUACCUCCCCACUAGGAUCACCCGCACCUUCAAAUCGCUCAAAGUUGGCAAACAAGAAAACCGAAAACACCUUGAUUUCGCAGUGGAUGCAAGUGAAGAGGUGGUGGACAAAUUCGAAGGCACCACCUUCACUUGGAAACUGGAUGAGGGCUCCGAAAACGACUCUAACAGGACGCAUGCCUUUGUAUUGUCCUUCAAUGAGAGGAAUAGAGAGAAAGUAUUGGAUCGAUAUAUACCACAUAUACUGAAAACAUACGAGGCAAUUAAAGCUGAGAAAAGGGCUCUUAAAAUCUUCUCUUGGGAACAUCACUAUUGGAAUGAAACUGAGUUGUCCCAUCCUGCCACAUUUGACACACUAGCCUUGAAUUCUGAGUUGAAGCAGGCUAUCAUCCAUGAUUUAGAUCGAUUCUUGAGGAGAAAGGAACUUUACAAGAAAGUGGGCAAGCCUUGGAAGCGUGGCUACUUGUUGUAUGGACCCCCUGGAACUGGAAAAUCUAGCCUCAUUGUAGCUAUUGCCAAUUACUUGAAAUUCAAUGUGUAUGACUUGGAAUUCUCUUCUAUUUAUUCUGAUUCGGAUCUCAUGCGAUGCAUGAGGGAUACAUCUAACCGUUGCAUCAUUGUCAUUGAAGACGUAGACUGCAACCAAGAGGUGCAAGUGCGAUCAAAACCAAGUUACAAAGAUAAUUUUACUGAUUCAGACUCGGAGUUUGAUGGCAGCAAUGAUCCGAAUCAGGUUACUAAGAAGUUUAGUCUAUCGAGUUUGCUCAACUACAUGGAUGGUUUGAGGUCAAGCGGUGGAGAGGAGAGGAUCAUAAUCUUUACUACUAACCACAGAGAAAAAUUAGACCCUGCACUGCUGCGACCUGGUCGUAUGGACAUGCACAUUCACUUGUCCUUUCUCAAAGGGAAAGCUUUUCGAGUCUUGGCUUCUAAUUAUUUGGGCAUUGAAGGACAUCAUCCACUCUUUGAACAAAUUGAAGAAUUAUUGGAGAAAACAAAUGUCACCCCAGCGGUAGUAGCAGAACAGCUAAUCAGAAAUGAGGAUCCUCAACUUGCUUUAGAAAAGCUUGUUGAAUUUCUCAAAGAACGUGGCAAGGAUAGUCGAGUAGAAUGCCACCUGAGUGCUGGCCAAGUUAAUGUCUUGGGAGAUUGAAGACCAAAAUUCAAUUUCUUCUACAAUUUUUCUUCUUGUUCCUACAACUUAAAACAGAGGCAAGAAAAUAAUAGAAAAUGUUGUAUGACAAAUAGAAUGAUAUAAUGAAUGUGAGAUUUUUAAAUUAAAUUAAUGAAAUGUUGUCUGUCAAUGGAACUGAGACAAUUUGAUUGAAAAA